UAAGCAGAAAACCCUGUGAAAAAUGGGACCUCAAAUGAUUUUCACCUGGAUGCUGCUAAUAAGUGCCACUAUCUUGCAUGACCCAGUCUAUUCGGUUUACACAACCUCAGCUCAACUGCAUAUUUCCACAUCACUGAGACUGGUGAAUGGACAGGACGGGUGUUCUGGUCGUGUUGAAGUCCGUUACAAUGGAAGCUGGGGAACAGUCUGUGAUGAUGCCUGGGACAUAAAAGAUGCAGAGGUUGUGUGCAGACAGCUUGGAUGUGGGCAGGCCAUUGAGGCCCCCAGGAAUGCCCGGUUUGGUGAGGGCUCCGGAAGUGUUCUCCUGGAUGACGUGCAGUGCAGAGGGAAUGAAUCCUCUCUCCGGCAGUGCUCGCACCAAGGGUGGGGCACACAUAACUGUGCUCACCAUGAGGACGCCAGUGUCAUCUGCUCAGGUACUCAUAUUUUGAGACUGGUGAAUGGACAGAACGGGUGUUCCGGUCGCAUUGAAGUCCGUUACAAAGGAAGCUGGGGAACAGUCUGUGAUGAUGCCUGGGACAUAAAUGAUGCAGAGGUUGUGUGCAGACAGCUUGGGUGUGGGCAGGCCAUUGAGGCCCCCAGGAAUGCCCGGUUUGGUGAAGGCUCCGGAAGUGUUCUCCUGGAUGAUGUGCAGUGCAGAGGGAACGAAUCCUCUCUGUUGCAGUGCUCGCACCAGGGGUGGGGCACACAUAACUGUGCUCACCAUGAGGACGCCAGUGUCAUCUGCUCAGCUCCACCACCGACAACAAACGAGCCCCCUCCAAGUGGAACAUUAGUGAGACUGGUGAAUGGACAGAACGGGUGUUCCGGUCGCGUUGAAGUCCGUUACAAUGGAAGCUGGGGAACAGUCUGUGACGAUGCCUGGGACAUAAUUGAUGCAGAGGUUGUGUGCAGACAGCUUGGGUGUGGACAGGCCAUUGAGGCCCCCAGGAAUGCCCGGUUUGGUGAAGGCUCCGGAAGUGUUCUCCUGGAUGACGUGCAGUGCAGAGGGAACGAAUCCUCUCUGUCGCAGUGCUCGCACCGAGGGUGGGGCACACAUAACUGUGCUCACCAUGAGGACGCCAGUGUCAUCUGCUCAGCUCCACCACCUACAACAAACGAGCCCCCUCCAAGUGGAACAUUAGUGAGACUGGUGAAUGGACAGAACGGGUGUUCCGGUCGCGUUGAAGUCCGUUACAAUGGAAGCUGGGGAACAGUCUGUGACGAUGCCUGGGACAUAAUUGAUGCAGAGGUUGUGUGCAGACAGCUUGGGUGUGGACUGGCCAUUGAGGCCCCCAGGAAUGCCCGGUUUGGUGAAGGCUCCGGAAGUGUUCUCCUGGAUGACGUGCAGUGCAGAGGGAACGAAUCCUCUCUGUCGCAGUGCUCGCACCAGGGGUGGGGCACACAUAACUGUGCUCACCAUGAGGACGCCAGUGUCAUCUGCUCAGCUCCACCACCUACAACAAACGAGCCCCCUCCAAGUGGAACAUUAGUGAGACUGGUGAAUGGACAGAACGGGUGUUCCGGUCGUGUUGAAGUCCGUUACAAUGGAAGCUGGGGAACAGUCUGUGAUGAUGCCUGGGACAUAAUUGAUGCAGAGGUUGUGUGCAGACAGCUUGGGUGUGGACAGGCCAUUGAGGCCCCCAGAAAUGCCCGGUUUGGUGAAGGCUCCGGAAGUGUUCUCCUGGAUGACGUGCAGUGCAGAGGGAACGAAUCCUCUCUGUCGCAGUGCUCGCACCAGGGGUGGGGCACACAUAACUGUGCUCACCAUGAGGACGCCAGUGUCAUCUGCUCAGCUCCACCACCUACAACAAACGAGCCCCCUCCAAGUGGAACAUUAGUGAGACUGGUGAAUGGACAGAACGGGUGUUCCGGUCGCGUUGAAGUCCGUUACAAUGGAAGCUGGGGAACAGUCUGUGACGAUGCCUGGGACAUAAUUGAUGCAGAGGUUGUGUGCAGACAGCUUGGGUGUGGACAGGCCAUUGAGGCCCCCAGGAAUGCCCGGUUUGGUGAAGGCUCCGGAAGUGUUCUCCUGGAUGACGUGCAGUGCAGAGGGAACGAAUCCUCUCUGUCGCAGUGCUCGCACCAGGGGUGGGGCACACAUAACUGUGCUCACCAUGAGGACGCCAGUGUCAUCUGCUCAGCUCCACCACCUACAACAAACGAGCCCCCUCCAAGUGGAACAUUAGUGAGACUGGUGAAUGGACAGAACGGGUGUUCCGGUCGCGUUGAAGUCCGUUACAGUGGACGCUGGGGAACAGUCUGUGACGAUGCCUGGGACAUAAAUGAUGCAGAGGUUGUGUGCAGACAGCUUGGGUGUGGACAGGCCAUUGAGGCCCCGAGGAAUGCCCAGUUUGGUGAAGGCUCCGGAAGUGUUUUCCUGGAUGAUGUACAGUGCAGAGGGAACGAAUCCUCUCUGUGGCAGUGCUCACACCAGGGGUGGGGCAUACAUAACUGUGCUCACCGUGAGGAUGCCAGUGUCAUCUGCUCAGCUUCUUCACCUACCACAAAGGAACCCAUUACUACAUCUGCUGUGGAUUACACAACACUGGAAACAGAUAAUUCCUUUUCAUCCACCUCCGCACCAGAGAGCACUGGGGCAAUAUCUACCCCAGAAUCACUGACUACAGCUAAUGAAGCUGCUGUGGAUUACACAACACCGGAAAGAGAUAACUACUUUUCAUCCACUUUCACACCAGAGAACAUUGGAGUAAUAUCAACCCCGGAAUCACUGACUACACCUAAUGAAGCCUUUUCAGAUUACACAGCCUCAGCCACACGGGGUAUUUCCUUAUCACUGAGACUGGUGAAUGGACAGGACGGAUGUUCCGGUCGUGUUGAAGUCCAUUACAAUGGAAGCUGGGGAACAAUCUGUGACGAUGCCUGGGACAUAAAUGAUGCAGAGGUUGUGUGCAGACAGCUUGGAUGUGGGCAGGCCAUUGAGGCCCCCAUGAAUGCCCAGUUUGGUGGAGGCUCCGGAAGUGUUCUCCUGGAUGACGUGCAGUGCAGAGGGAACGAAUCCUCUCUGUUGCAGUGCUUGCAUUGGGGGUGGGGCAUACAUAACUGCAGCCACCAUGAGGAUGCCAGUCUCAUCUGCUCAGAUGAACUUAAAGAAGAGAAUGACCUGGAGUCUCUGGCUCCCAUUCGGUGCACUAAGAGGAGGAUGGCCUUGUCUGUCCAGGCACCCCUGAUUGACCUCACUGAGGAGGAUUCCAAUGAGUCCUUCCAGAGCAGCAGUACCAUGUCUUCCAGCAGCACCCAGGCAUCCAGAACGGAUCCCCCGAGCUCAUCUCUGAAUGGGUGUUCCAGUCGUGUUGAAGUCCAUUACAGUGGAAGCUGGGGAACAGUCUGUGAUGAUGCCUGGGACAUACAUGAUGCAGAGGUUGUGUGUAGACAGCUUGGGUGUGGGCAGGCCAUUAGUCCCAGGAAUGCCUGGUUUGGUGAAGACUCCGGAAGUGUUCUCCUGGAUGACAUGCAGUGCAGAGGGAAUGAAUCCUCUCUGUGGCAGUGCUCACACCUGGCAUGGAGCACACAUAACUGCGCCAACCAUGAGGAUGCCAGUGUCAUCUGCUCAGGGUUUGCAGCUGAACCUUUGGUUCUUCUGCAAGAGGAAAUUAAAUGGCAAGAAAUGAAGAGGCUGUCCUCAAUUCCUGUCUCCACUGUUUUACAGAAAUUUACCUGUAUUCCCAUGGAAAGAGAAGUUGUCUGCAGAAGUAAAGCCAUUUUCCUCUUCUCUGACUUCCUUACUAUUUUUACAGUAGACAAUUAUUCUGUAGUUGGCUACUUUUCCCAUCCUUCUGAAUCCUUGUCUAUAGUGGAGGGGGUAAAUAAUGGGACUAUCAACUAUUCCAACAUAGUCAGAGCAUCCACUUCUAGUAAUUUGAUCACCAGGGCAAAGAGUCCUCAGUUACAUUUCACCUGCAGAAUGGACCAGAGCAUGAUAGAGGACAUCAUGCACAUCGUUAACAAGUCUGACUCUUUAGAAACUGAUGAAACUCAGUAUGGACGAUUCAAUGUGAAACUUUUCUUUUAUGAAUCACCAUUUUUUUCAAGUCCCGUGAAUGAUUUCCCAUACUUUGUUGACCUAAACCAGGACUUAUACAUUCAAGCCACUCUCUACAGCCCUGAUCCAAAUCUGAUGUUUAUAGACACAUGUGCAGCAUCUCCUGAUUCCCAUGACUUUACAACUGUGAAAUACGAUUUAAUCAAGAGAGGGAGUGUAAAAGACAAUACCUACACUACUUACACUUCAUCAAACAAAAAAAUUGUUCAGUUCCAAUUUAAAGCCUUUCAGUUUUUUAAUGGAUACUCUACAGUUUACCUCCAGUGCAAAAUGGUGGUGUGCAAGGUGUAUGAUUAUUCUUCCCGAUGCUACCAGGGCUGUGUAACUAGGAACGAGAGAGACAAGGUCUGCCAGGAAAAUGUGACCGGUGUUGGGCCACUUAAGCUAAAGUAAAAGAAUUCCAGUAACUCAGAUGGGCGUAUUGUCAAUUUAACAUGAAGUUAUUUCAAUCGCUUUUACCAUCAAAAGGAUUGGUUCAUUGCAUGAUUUCCUGCUGAUGAGCUCUAGAAGCAUUUUUACCAGUGUAGCAAAUUCCUAACAAACAUCAGAGUACUGGCUUAGUGAUGGUAUACAUCUGAAUAUGUUCCUUAUCUGUCUUUACCAUUUCCUAAUUUCAAAUCUGU